AUGGCUAAAGACGUAAUUCCUCUAGGUGGUGGGGGUCAACAUAAUCCUCAAAGUAAAGAUCAACCACCACAAUCAGGAGGAGAUAAUCUCCUUUCUUCUCAACUUCUAUCUUCUAACUCAGUGCUACCUGGAGCAGAUCACCGAUCAGCUGCCUCUGCUUCAUCUUCCUCCUCUUCUUCAACAGUUUUAGUAGGCAGAGUUGAACUUGACAAUGCAAAGAAAGGGGAAAAGGUAGAGAGCCCGUCAAACAAGGAAACGAAACCAAACAGUGAAUCGACAGAUAACGAUAGCGUCCACGAACCACCUACCAAUCAAAUAAAUACAGUGAACUCUGACAGUACACACAUCUCCCAAAACACGGAUCAGGAACAGUCACCUGAAAUUUCACAUAGUUCUCAGCUGCAGAAUGAUACGCACGUUACUAACGAUGCAGAGAGAAGCAACACAGAACCUCAAGAGGCUCCGGUAAAAGAACCUUCUUCUACAUCUCCCACUACUUCAGCUACGGAGAGUACCAAUGAUACCAAUAACUCAGCUAACUCGACCUCUGACACUCCCAAUACUAUAACAAAUAAUGAGGAAUCAACCACCACCACCACCACAACAACAACACUUCCUCCUGAGCCUGCGAACAACAAGAAGGGUGAUGCAGACAGCAGCAGUAGUAUCAGCAGUUCUGUGUGGGUGCGUGUACCACUACUGAUUGUGGUUACACUGGCCUGUAUUCUUGUGUGCUGA